AAUCCGACCACGUAUGGUGGUGGCCGCGGCCGGGCGCACGCCGACACAGAACCUCGCACCUGGUUCGACGAGAGCCAACCUGUUUCGAGUUCAACCACCAACGAACAAAGAAGGCUGCUUUUUCGCAUCGCUUGGAUCCUCGCCAACGGCAAAAUGGCGGAGAAAAUCACAGUUUAUAAUCUGGCAGAUCUCAAGAACACGUCUGACGAUGCUAUUCCAAACUACCUGAACUCCCUCAAGUUCAAACAGUCACACGCCCUCACCGACGUCCGUCUGGGCCUCGGCUACGGCGCCUUCCUGGUCGCCGCCGCCUGCUUCCUGUGGGACUACAAGCUUGGGUUUGAGGGCACAAAGUACUACACUGCUGCUGCCGUUGCCCUCUAUACGCUUCUCAAUGGCGCUCUCACCGUCUGGAUAUGGGGGGUUGAGAGGGGGAUUGUCUAUGUCGGUACUGCGCCCAGCGGGGAAAAGCUCACCAUAUCGUCGACAACCCUGAAGAACGACCCUACCUACAGGCUCACCAUCUCAGUCCUUCCCAAGGGCUCCGCUGCAGCACAAAGUCUAACGGUUGCGAAGGGCUUCAACGAAUGGUUUGACUCAGCAGGUCACUUCAUUGCGGCGCCAUUCCAAACCAUGCUGGCCACGGCUGUGCCGGCGAUUGGGAGACUUGACUCCAAAAGGCUUCAGGCCGCAACGCCCUCUUCUAUACCUUCAGACUCGCAGAAGUACGACGCCGAGGUGCUCGACGCGUUGCUCGUGGCUUCCACCUCGGGCGCCACAACCGGCGCCGAGUCGGGUAUCACCAAGAAGGGCGGAAGUCGGCGGAAGGCUUAGAAUCUCAAUCGCUGGCUGCAGUCUGGUUGAUGAUAUAACCAGCCCGGCGCAACCCCGAGAGUUUGUUUUACUCUUAGCCAGACCCCGAUAAAGCCGAAUGCAAUGGAACUUCAACCUGAAAUCCAUUCGUAUGACUGUCCACUGUCUCGCUAGUCACUGCCCUCCGGAGUUGCGCACACUUGGCGUGCCGAGUAUGCUUAGUCUCCCGUGCGUAUACUGCAAGAUUGGGCGCAUGAAUGUCCGUUUCUUCUUGCC